GACCUUUCAUGAACGAGAGUGUGGAGUGUCUCGUCGCGGGAACAGAACCGAGGAAAAAAGAGGUUUAUAAAAAGUACGGAAUAAAUAGUUAAAAUAAUGUCGCAGGACGAGAGAUUUGACGGGAUGCUGAUGGCGAUAGCCCAGCAGUGUGAGGGAGGCAUACACGAGAUGUUAGACGUCAUCUUUAGUUUCCUGGAACGCAAGACAGAUUUUUACGUAGGAGGCGGUGAUGGAGCAGCGGAAAAGAUUAUCCAGGAGAAGUUCCACACGUAUAACAAGAUGGCACUGAAGAAGAAGAAAGAGCAGGAUGCAGAGAAGAAGAGAAUAGAGGCAGAAAGAAAGAAGAAGUUGGAGGAAAAAAGAAAGAAGGAGGAAGAGGAGAGAAAAAAAGUAGAGGAAGAGCCCAAAAUAAAGGAACUGACAGAUGAGGAAGCAGAGAAAUUACAAGCAGAGCUGGAUAAGAAGAAGGAAGGAGAUCAGCAGACAACUGAGAGUGCAGCUGCUGCAAAAGAUGAAGAGAAAGAAAAGUCUGGGAGUGAUGAAGAAGAAGAUGAAGAAGACAAAGGAAAGAUGAAGCCCAACGCUGGUAACGGAGCAGACAUGCCCAACUACAGGUGGUCACAGACACUGGGAGAGAUCGAGUUAAAAGUCCCCUUCAACGUGACCUUCCCAGUGAAGAGUAAGGACGUUGUCUGUGAGAUUAAGAAGCAUUCCCUGAAGGUGUCUCUGAAGGGACAUCCUCCCAUCAUCGACGACAAGUUUCCUCAUGAGAUCAAGAUGGAGGAAUCCUUCUGGACCAUCGAGGACAGGAAGCUGCUCAUGGUCCAUCUGGAGAAGGUGAAUCAAAUGGAAUGGUGGGAUAGGAUUGUGACCUCUGACCCACCAAUCAACACCAAGAAAGUCAACCCAGAGAACUCCAAGUUGUCAGACCUUGAUGGAGAGACCAGAUCCAUGGUGGAGAAGAUGAUGUAUGACCAGAGACAGAAGGCCAUGGGACUGCCCACAUCAGAGGAGCAGAAGAAACAGGACGUCCUCAAAAAGUUUAUGGAGCAGCAUCCAGAGAUGGACUUCUCUAAGGCAAAGUUCUGUUAAAGACAGAAGCAACAAGGCUGGCUGUGAAAGAGACCUAAAGACUGCUACACAGUCCAUCCAUUGCAACUAGAUGUAGACAAUGUUACAUGCAGAUACAUAGAUGUAACUGUUGCUUAAAACAGAUUAAUGUACAUUGUACAUGGAAGUAGAAUAGAUGAAAAGCCAAAAUAAUGCACA